GACGACGGGCCCCCGAGAGGGACUUUCCUCGUUGUAGACGGGGCACAGGCCAAGGCUGGGGCGUCAGGCCGUAGAGCGUCUGCUCGGUGUGCUCCACAGCCUCGGUUCUUCCGUGGGAGGCGGGCCCCAGCUCUGUUCUCGGAGGCUGCCGUCUCGUAGGGCUCUCGCUGUCCGCUGCCUGCAUGGGCCUGAACAGCCUGUCUGCGCGCAAGCCGUGGCAUUUAAAAAAUAUUUAACCAUUCAUGAGUUGAGCCUCAUUCUUGAGUUAUGGAUGACAAGGCUUCUGUUGGAAAAAUCAGUGUCUCCUCAGACUCAGUAUCUACUCUUAAUAGUGAAGAUUUUGUCUUGGUUUCCAGGCAAGGAGAUGAGACACCAUCCACAAAUAAUGGAAGUGAUGACGAGAAGCCUGGACUCAAGAUUGUAGGGAAUGGAAGUGAGCAGCAGCUGCAGAAAGAGCUCGCAGAUGUGCUGAUGGACCCUCCCAUGGAUGACCAGCCAGGGGAAAGGUCACAGCUGGAUGGUGAAGGAGAUGGGCCACUUUCUAACCAACUCUCAGCUUCAUCCACCAUUAAUCCUGUGCCACUGGUAGGGCUUCAGAAACCAGAGAUGAGUUUGCCAGUGAAACCCGGACAAGGAGACUCUGAAGUGUCCAGUCCUUUCACACCAGUGGCUGAUGAGGAUAGUGUGGUUUUCAGUAAACUAACUUACUUAGGCUGUGCCUCAGUCAAUGCUCCCCGGAGUGAAGUGGAAGCCUUGAGGAUGAUGUCCAUCUUGAGAAGUCAGUGUCAGAUUUCUCUGGAUGUGACCCUCUCAGUGCCAAAUGUAUCUGAAGGAACUGUGAGACUUUUAGAUCCUCAGAUCAAUACUGAAAUAGCAAACUACCCUAUCUACAAGAUCCUCUUCUGUGUCAGAGGGCACGAUGGGACUCCUGAGAGCGACUGUUUUGCAUUCACUGAAAGUCACUAUAAUGCAGAGCUCUUCAGGAUACAUGUCUUUCGCUGUGAAAUACAAGAAGCCGUAAGCCGGAUACUUUACAGUUUUGCCACUGCCUUCCGCCGUACUGCCAAGCAGACCCCACUCUCAGCCACUGCCAUGCCACAGACUCCGGACAGUGACAUCUUUACCUUCUCUGUGUCUUUAGAAAUAAAAGAAGAUGAUGGUAAAGGUUAUUUUAGUGCUGUUCCCAAGGACAAGGACAGGCAGUGCUUUAAACUUCGACAGGGAAUAGAUAAGAAGAUUGUUAUCUGUGUGCAACAAACAGCUAACAAAGAACUUGCUAUUGAAAGGUGCUUUGGUCUUCUCCUUAGCCCAGGAAAAGAUGUCCGAAAUAGCGAUAUGCAUUUGUUGGACUUGGAGUCUAUGGGCAAAAGUUCAGAUGGAAAGUCAUAUGUUAUUACUGGAAGCUGGAAUCCAAAAUCCCCACAUUUUCAAGUUGUGAAUGAAGAAACUCCUAAAGAUAAAGUGCUGUUCAUGACAACAGCUGUGGAUUUGGUGAUAACAGAAGUACAGGAGCCCGUUCGAUUUCUCCUGGAGACAAAAGUUCGAGUUUGCUCACCUAAUGAAAGGUUGUUCUGGCCCUUCAGCAAACGCAGCACUACUGAGAAUUUCUUUCUGAAACUAAAGCAGAUAAAGCAGAAGGAGAGGAAGAAUAAUGCUGACACUUUAUAUGAAGUUGUGUGUUUGGAAAGUGAGUCAGAGAGAGAGCAGAGGAAAACUACAGCCAGUCCUUCGGCUCGCCUCCCACAGUCUGGAUCCCAGAGCUCCAUGAUCCCCUCUCCUCCAGAAGAUGAUGAAGAAGAAGAUAAUGAUGAACCUCUCUUGAGUGGAUUUGGUGAUGUAUCCAAAGAAUGUGCAGAAAAAAUUCUUGAAACAUGGGGAGAACUACUGUCAAAAUGGCAUCUCAACUUGAAUGUGAGACCGAAGCAGUUGCCAUCCUUAGUGAGAAGUGGUGUCCCAGAAGCUCUUCGUGGAGAAGUCUGGCAGCUGCUAGCAGGCUGCCACAACAACGACCACUUAGUAGAAAAGUACCGAAUUCUCAUCACCAAGGAGUCUCCUCAAGACAGUGCUAUCACAAGGGAUAUUAACCGCACGUUUCCAGCUCAUGACUACUUCAAGGACACAGGAGGAGAUGGACAAGAUUCCUUAUAUAAAAUAUGCAAGGCAUACUCUGUGUAUGAUGAAGAAAUCGGUUAUUGCCAGGGCCAGUCGUUCCUUGCAGCUGUGCUGCUUCUCCACAUGCCUGAAGAACAGGCAUUCAGUGUUCUGGUCAAGAUCAUGUUUGACUAUGGCCUCAGGGAACUUUUCAAGCAAAAUUUUGAAGAUCUACAUUGCAAGUUCUACCAGUUGGAGCGCCUCAUGCAGGAAUACAUUCCAGACCUGUACAACCACUUUGUGGACAUCAGCCUUGAAGCACACAUGUAUGCCUCCCAGUGGUUUCUUACACUUUUCACUGCAAAAUUCCCUCUCUACAUGGUCUUUCAUAUCAUCGACCUGCUCUUAUGUGAGGGAAUAAGUGUCAUUUUUAAUGUUGCCCUUGGAUUACUAAAGACUUCCAAGGAUGACUUGCUGUUGACGGACUUCGAGGGUGCCUUGAAGUUCUUCAGAGUUCAGCUCCCUAAAAGGUACCGCUCAGAAGAAAACGCAAAGAGGCUCAUGGAGCUAGCCUGCAACACAAAGAUUAGCCAGAAGAAGCUGAAGAAGUAUGAGAAGGAAUACCACACCAUGAGGGAGCAGCAGGCCCAACAGGAAGACCCCAUCGAGCGGUUUGAGCGGGAGAAUAGGCGGCUGCAAGAAGCUAACAUGAGGUUGGAACAGGAAAAUGAUGACUUGGCUCAUGAGCUGGUCACCAGCAAGAUUGCACUGCGGAAGGACCUGGAUAAUGCAGAGGAGAAGGGAGAUGCACUGAAUAAGGAGCUGCUGAUGACCAAACAGAAACUGAUUGAUGCAGAGGAUGAGAAGAGGCGGUUAGAAGAGGAGUCUGCACAGUUAAAGGAAAUGUGCCGCCGGGAACUUGACAAGGCAGAAUCAGAGAUUAAAAAAAACAGCUCUAUCAUUGGUGACUAUAAGCAGAUUUGUUCUCAAUUGAGUGAAAGACUGGAGAAGCAACAGACAGCCAAUAAAAUGGAAAUUGAGAAAAUUCGGCAAAAGGUAGAUGACUGUGACCGCUGCCGAGAUUUCUUUAACAAAGAAGGACGAGUGAAGGGCACCAGCUCAGUCAAGGGGGUUUUGGAUGAGGACACGGAUGAAGAAAAAGAGACACUCAAGAACCAGCUACGGGAGAUGGAGCUGGAACUGGCACAGACCAAACUGCAGUUGGUAGAAGCCGAGUGCAAGAUCCAGGACUUGGAACACCACUUGGGCCUUGCUCUCAGUGAGGUGCAGGCAGCCAAGAAGACCUGGUUUAACCGCACACUGACCUCCAUAAAGACAGCAACUGGAGUUCAAGGAAAAGAGACAUGCUGAGAACAGCUGCUGCCUCCAGACACCUCCAGAAAACACACCACCUUUGGUUGCCUUCUUUGGCCAGAUGUGUGAUUCUGUGACAUGUUCCAGGACCAGAAUGUACCUAGGUCAGAAUGUUAGGUCAGUGUGACAGGGCUCCUGCAGCAGGCUGCCAACCUGACUGAUGUUCUGGACAUGCACCUGCCUUUAGUGCUGUCCAGGCCUCUGACUACAUGUAGGAACACCUCGCCCAGUCAGGAGUUGGGGCGUCCUCCAAUGUGUUAGUUUUUGUUUUAUUUUCUAAACCCUUUAUUUAAAAAAAAAAAAAAAAAAAAAGACAAGAAAAAAAACACACUUUAUCCUUUAGGCUGGGGGCAGGGGUUCAGUGCCAGCAGAAGCUCCCAGAGAGAUGAGAAGCACUUUUGGGUAUAAGAGUCUUGUAGUAAUGGCUCAAGUCACCUAAUUUUGUUAACCAGUACCAUGCACAGGUUUGAUUUGGCAUUACUUACAUUUCUGAGCAAUUCUAUGCAACUCUCAUAGUCCUUUUUUUUUCUUCUCUUUUCUUUUUUGAAGCAUUAGCUGCCAAAACGGCUUCAAAAGGCUGGAAUGGGCCACAUAAAUGUGAGACUGAAUCAAUCAUGACGUGGACAGCUCUUACUUUGUUUAAUGUGUCAUGUGUACAUAUAUAUGUGUGUGUGUGUAUAUAAAUAUAUAUAUAAAUAUAUAUAUAUAUAUAUAUAAAAAAAAAUACCUUUCCUAGUACCCUGCACUGACAGUGUUUAAAUCCCAGACUCAGCCGAUAAUCUGUACCAUUGCCGUCUGUGGUUACGAGGCACUUUCUGUUCUUCCUGCCAUUGUGGAAGCUGGCAAGAGCUCCAUCACCUCUAACGUUUGCACAAGUGAGGAAGACUGAGCUAUGUGCCCAAAUAAACAAGAGUGCACACACUGUAUGGUCCCUACCUUCCUGGCCUGUCUCUCCCAGAGCUGCAAGUGUGGAUCUUACUGGUCAGAUGGGCUGCGGAGUCUCACUUCGAAGUUAUGAGAUGGUGGUUUUAGCACCUUUUUUAAAAACUAAAAAACAAAGCAAACCUUUUAACUUAAUUUAUGUGGUGAUAGGCUAACAAGCAGUCUCACGGGGUUCAUCCUUUCUGCUGUGUGGAGGUGGCGUGGGUUUGUAUAUAAGGACACUCGAGUCGCUUUCUUUCCCUGUUGGUUUUACUAAUGCUUGAUGAGGUCAUCUACAGUGGGGAGAAAACAAGUGGCCAACCCUCCCCCAGACCAUCCCCCACCAAUUCCUGUGUCUGUAUUGUUCAGUUACAACAGCUGUAAGCCCAUCUAAAAUUAGGUGUGUGGACAUUGUGCUAGGGUAGUUUGUGCGUCAACUUUAUGAACUGAAAUAUAAACCAGUAAAAUUGUAUUACUAUUUCUUUUGUUUAACAGCAUAUUCAUUAAAUAUUUUGGUACAAACAG